AUGGCACAAUGAUCGUGGGUGGCAACGAGCAGCGCAUGUGACGCGAGAAGCACGAGAAUGAAACUUAAAUUUUGUAUUCCGCGUUUGCCGUGUUGGAUAUUUCGUGUUAGGAACAUGGUCGUUUAAUGUGUGGAAAAUAUGAAUUACGGAGUGCACUCACUGACACGUCGACAGAAAGCAAACACGAGCACAGGAAAUGUAUCAGCAGCCAAAGAGGCCAAAGUGCGAUCCACGUGAUAGUGAGGCAACACCAAGGCAACAUCGCCAGACGCUACAACUGCUCUGUCGUAGGGCGUGACGUAGCCGGCGAGAUCAAGGAGCGCGAUUGAUUCUCAGCUGGUUGGCUCACUGGCCAACAUAUCAGUGGUUCGCCACGCGACCAGCCGCAUAUACGAACCCCGCUGCAGCGACCAUGAGCAACGACCGCUCAGCUGUUCUGCCUGCCUCUAUGCAGCAGGUUAUCCUGAACACGGGCAACAUCCUGGGCUGCAAGGACCUCACAAAAAAAGUGUUUCAGUCACUCGGAGAGGAGCUGAUGCAAAGCCUGGCACUGGCGCUUGUCAAGUGGAAAUCAUCGGUCAACGAUAUGAAUUGUUCUGAUGGGAAGGUGCUGAGGUAUGCCAACAAGGACCUGCCAUGUCGAGUAGCCAUCAAAGAAAGGUCAACCUUCAAAAUCACAGUGAAGAUCUUCCUAAGUGGCUUCGACGCUGUGGCCUUGGAGUCUGCUACACAUAAAGUGCUGGAGGAGCUUGGUGUGUCUGAGCUGGACUCUCUGAUUGUGGCCUUCCCACCAAGUGCAAAGUCCAGCACAGAACGUAUGCGCCCCCUGUGGGCUGCCGCUGAGCAGCUCUACCACCAGGGCCUGGCACUCUCAGUCGGUGUCUGUGACCUGGACACAGCGCAGCUGCGGGAUCUUCACUCAUGGGCUGAGGUGAAGCCAAGCGUGAACCAGGUGAACCUUGACUCGUGCUGCGUCAUCCCCCAGGAGAUGCAGGAAUUUGCCAAGGCGAACAACAUUCAGCUCCUUACGCACAGUGACCCAAAGGUGCUGCUUGACCACGACGGCAUGGCCCGCCUACUCAAGGGCUAUGUGGCAGAGGAGGACAUAUGCCGCUGGUCGACACCCUGGGUGGCCCGCUAUUCAGUGCUUGUCAAGUGCCGAGGCUUCCUGCAGAGCAAGGGCUACGUUGCCAGCCUUGUCAAGGAGCCGUAGUGAUAAGAAGGGACCGUGCUUUGUCCAACCACGGGCACGAGACUUGACUGCAGCAUUGGGAAAUGAGGUGCUGUACGAGUGAUUCUCCUUGAAUCAAAUGUCCACAAGACGGUGCAACCCUACCCUACCUUGAGUGGUCAAGUAGGGUUUGGCUUGUGAUGGAAACUCCUCUGCUGAUGCGAUGGAUCUAGGUGGAAAAGAUCGAAAAGAGACAAAAAAACGCGGGGGGGGGGGGGGGGGGGGCAGGGGUUUGCAUGCUUUUUUUUAGCUAAAUAUUGUAUUGCGCUACUGCAAAAGCGUUAUUUUAUUUGUAUUUUACUUCUACACUCCUUCUCCGCAUAGGUGAGUGUGAUAGUCACCAUACAAGCGUCUCAAGGUUGGUCAUGUUUAGUGUGUUCGUGUGCUUGGUUAAGUAUAUUGGAUGGCAUGCUUUCCAUUGAGGCAUAGUCACUCCGGAACAGCGACUAGAAAAGUGGUGACAGGGCUGCAUGAAAAGCUUGAAUGUUGGACUGGUACAGCCCUUAAUGUGAGAAAUCUUAAGGAAGUCUAGAUGUUGUAUGAACUCCUAUUGCAGCAUCUUGUAUGCAAAUGUGCUGAUGUUACUGGCUAGUGAGAAGUAUUUAUGGCACGGUGAUUUACUGCUUGAAGUUGCUCUGUGGACCAAUGAAUGUAGCGCUGGCUCUACAGUGGAUGUCUAAAGCAAAGAUUUAACGAACUUUAAUGAAAAUGGUGUGUAAAUAUUUGUUGAAUGUUUUGUCAUCUGUCCAAUCCAGGACAAAAUUCAGCAGAGAAUUUAUUGCUAUGUAAUGUAAAUGUACCUUGCAUUGAGAAAUAGGAUGCACAGCUGUCAGCUGUGUUUAAUACAAGGAUCAUAGCAUGUAGGCCCAAUCAAAAUGCUAUCAUUGUGUUACUAACUUGAUCUGUUGUCUUCAUCUCGUGUCCACUGUGCAUCAUUUGUUGCAGCUGAUAUACACAUCAUAUACACAACUCUGCUGCUGCUAGCUUAGCAUGUAAAAUAACUUUUUCUGUAAAUGCUUUUUUGUAAUCAAAGCGACAGCACCUGCUUACACGAAAACUUGUUCUGUCGCCACCUGGUGAUGACAAUAGUGAUGACGCUGGCUCUGACGGUAGGCUAUUGAUAAUGCCUCAAACAUGGUUUCGGUUUCUUAUUUGAUUGUUACGCACCUGCAAUUUUCGUACCCAUUUUCUUGGAAAAAAUGUGAGCAUUUAUAUCGGAUAAACAUGAUAAUAAUUGUAAGCUGUCUUUUCGUUUCAAACUCUGCCAAGGCAAGGCCAAAAAUCAUCACCUUUGGCAGGAGAUAACAUACUUCCGAUGCAGUCACUGUCCGCUAGUGCCACCAUGGCAGGUGUUGCGUCCAUUGGGGCUAUGAUUGGGAGUUGCCAUUGAGGGCAGGUGUGCACGUGCUGACCAGUUAAGUUUGAAUUAUUCGGUAGGGAACAAUUUCAGGAUUUGAGUCUUGGCCCUUACAAAUGCAUGGGUGCAGGCUGGGGCCUUCAGUUCACAUGAAAUUGACUGGAGUCAAAUUAACAGGAGUCUACUGUAUGGGGUUUUAAAAACGACCAAUUUUAAUGCGCCUUAGAAUGCCACCACUGCUGAUACCUCAUUAAUGUACUGUUGCUAAGUCUCACACUUCAAUGCAAUACCAUCUAGUUGAAAUUUCAGAUAGUUGAUGAUGUUGCAUUGGCUUGACCACCAAAUUUGCCUGUCCACCACAUCUCGCAUGUCAUCACAAUGCUGCAGUGUGCAGAUGUCAGACAUUUCCUGUGCAAAUACCAACUAGCUGGCUGUCAAGGUUGCAUUGAAGAAAUUCAGUUUGUCACUGGUGAUGUUUAUGCAAUUUUUGUCUACCCUAUCAUGAAAGUGAGCAGUUGAAGUUGUUAUAGGUUAGGCACUCAAAGGUGUUCUUGGUUUUUGUUGCCUAAACAACUGACCUGCUGCUACCAGUUGGGCCCAUGCAUGUUGCUCAGUGAACUUUAUUUUUACUGAUUGCUGCUCCACUGCAGCAUUGUAAGUACAGCACAGCAACAGCUGUUGAGCUCGCCCACAUGAGGACUCUUGGCUUGCCAUGCUUGAACGCUACACCUUGAAACACAAAGCAGCGAAAUGCAGCUUGGUUAUAAGCCACUUCCUGCAUAUAUUUGUCGUAGAAUAGUCCUCUUUUGAUCCUCUUCGUUGCUACUGUAUUUCGACCACACGCUGCAGCUGCACCUUUCCUCUGCUGUGGAUGGGGAGUUAGAGGCUGAAAAAGCUAGCCAAGGACACUUCAUAACUAGUCUUAGCUACCAGGUACCACUGCAAAUGCAAAGAAAUUGCCUUUUCAGCCGAAACGAAGGUAUGGGGCUGCAGAUGGUGGCAACUGAAAAGCCGCACUAUACCGUAUUUACUUGCACAAUCAACACACUUGCAUAAUAAAUGCGUCCCCAAUUUCGCUCCUCAAGAUUGUUAUUUUUUCCCCUUGUGAUAAUCGCAGUCCCAAUUUUGGUCCCGUGCUGUACGGCUGUGCUGCAGUUCCCCAGUUCACUCGCUCCAGCUGAUGAUAUCACAUACCACAUGCUACCUCUCGGCGAAAAAAUUAAUGCUCUCUGCUGUGGUACCAGUGUAACAGCUAAUCAAUAUGACGGGCAACUAGUAAGCAAUAUGUUAGCCCUAUUUUUAAAAUGAAGCUUUGUUUGCCUAUCUCUGCACGAUUUGGUAUGUCAUCAUCAUCGGCUGUCUCGCCGAGUAGAAGCUGUCACUGUGGGGUAUACAGUCACUUUCGCGAGAGUUGGCGUGAGUCAGCACCAAAUGCGUUGGCGCAUACAGCUCACAGCAUUUCUGGCCCUAUGCCAGGCACAUCUUCAUGCAGUGCUAGGAAUGCUUUUGGCCGUCAACUUCGAUGCACCUAGUGCAGUCACGCGAAAUCUCGCAGUGAAUUCUCCAAUCAUCACCAAAAGCGAUAUCUUGAGAAAAUUGUCCCUGAAUUAAACUGCAAAGUACGCCACUGUGACUUAUGACUGUUACUGUAUGCGGUCAUGGCCGAAAUACACAGCACGUUUCUUAUCGUGAUGUGCUGUUUCGUCUUGCUGGCUCAUCGAAGCUUCGCUUGCACCAAUUUCCACAGUGCAUGGGAUCUGCAUUACUUUCUUUUUUACAUCGAAGGCAACUAUUCCGUGACAGUGUUGUCUGUUGCUAACUUUUCUGCCUGUCUUGUAUUUUGCUGUGGGCCAUGGGCUGCAAUCCCACUUAUACAGCUGGUUAUAAGUAAAACAUUAUGGAGUAUGGAGUGGAACAGGGGAAUCGUGCUGCCAGAAGGCAUUUCAGUGUGGACAAAGUCCACAUGUGCUACUGACAGAAGCAGCAUGACAAGCUGCUCACUUUCAAUCGGGCGCGUCGUGCUUGGCCCUGGAAGGUGCGACAGGAAACUGUAGCUGUUUGCAAAUUGCAUAUGUGUAUAUUUGCUUCAAAGCUAAGUUAUCUCAUUAUUUAUAGUCACUUCCAUCUUACUUUUAAAUUUACUCUGUUUCGAAAAAGUUCCCGUAAAUUUACCCUUCAUAUUGCACCCCCCAACUUUGCUUUGGUCUUUCAUGGAAAAAAAAAGUGUGUUCAUUAUGUGAGUAAAUAUGUUAUUUGCAAUGUGGCUUGUGCAGAUCAUGUCCAAAACACCGGGCAUGAUAUUGUGUGGCAUUUGAAAUUUCAUUUGUGUUUCUAUACAUUGAUUCUGUUGGGUAUGAUGUAGUGCCACGGUAAAGCCGAAAUUAUCAAGCACAUUCAAAAAUUUAAUUGUAAACUGUGCUUACUGAAUUUAGUAUUGUGUAGUCGACACGUUCAAGCACAAUCCAUGCCUUUGCAAUGAAAUUGCAGCUGUAGUAAUGCACAGUGCCGAGGCUAUGGCUUACUGUGGACCUUUUUACGAAAUUGGCAUUGUGUAAACUAAACGUCUUCCAUUACAUCUAGCUCAAGUGCGAGUUUUAUAGGAGCACAUAAGCUGUCUAGAGUUCAACCACGCUUUGUUGCAUCUGGUGUCUUCUGUGCAGCUCACAUUGAGUAAACAUAACCUCUAGCGAUGCCCCUUUCUAGUUGCCAGUGCCUGUGUUUGUAUUUCUUAAGAAUUAUCACAAGCAGGAGAGUAGAGGUAUCGAGGCAUUUUUGUAGCAGGUAGACACCUGCUGUGGUGACACAUUCACUGUGGUGUUCUGUUGCUGAGCACAAGAUCGCAGGAUCAAUUUCCAGUCAUGGUGUCUGCAUUCUGAAGGAGGUAGAAGGCUAAAACGUUUUGUGUUAAAAGCUCAGGAUGCAAAUUGAAAGAGCGCAAGGCAGUCAGAAUUAAUCUGGAACUCUCCAUUACCUGUCGUAGUCCAUGGGGGGUAUUCUGUAAGUGUCCACCUAGGAGACAUGUCCAUUUCGUCUGCUGCUUAAGUUCUGAUUGGUUGGGUUGGGGUAUGUGUCAGAAGAUGAUAGGCUCCCCCAGCCAAUCAGCAGAUAAAAUGGACAUGUCCACUAGGUGGACACUUACAGAAUUAACUCUCUCCCCCAGGUAUUGCCUUGUCACAUUAAACUUAAAUCAGUUGCAAAUAGCGAGCUGUCCGAGUGUAGAUAUUGAUACGAUCCUUAAUGAGUGUUUGAUAAUUAUGUGCUUUAGGAUUUUGUCAGAUAAAAUUAUAACAUCUUGGAGCGGGUGAGCCUCUGCAGCAGCCAGCAUUAGCUUCCUGAAUAUUCCGUACAAUCUUCGCGGAAACGUCUGCAGACCUGAACAAUCUGUGAAUACUGCAAUGUCAGGUAAUGAUUGCAUUAUUAUUUUUUUAAUUCUGGGGUUUUAUGUACCAAUACCAUGAUAAUGGUUAUGAGGCACACUGUAGUGGGGGACUAUGAAUUAAUUUUGACCACCUGGGGUUCUUUAAUGUGCACCCUGUGCAUGGUACACGGGUGUUCUUGCAUUUCGCCCAUCAAAAUGUGGCUGCCGCAGCCGGAAUUUGAUCCCACGCCCUUGGGCUUAGCACCGCAACGCCAAAGCCACUACGCCACCACAGUAGGUAUUGCAUAUUGCAGAGUGCUAAAGAAAGUCUUUAGAGCUAUGUUCCGUUUUAACAUCAGACGCGGUUCUUGAUGCAUGCCUACUAAGAUUUUGCGUGUUAAUAUUGCCGCAAACAGCAAUUAUGAGCUAGGAAAUGGACUGAUCGUGUUUUUUCAUUUGCCAAGCUUCGGUUCAGGUACAACACAACUCGUUUUAAAAACACUAUUUGGGCAAAUUGGGAUAGCAAAUCCACGGAAGGCAACUAGCUUAGAAGGGGCACUUAAUGCAAGAACACUGAAUAGAGACAUACACACCACUCUGUCUUCCAACUAUAACCUUUAUUUGGUCUUGUGUUCUUGGGGUUGUGCCGUUUCUGCAUUGGCUUCCACCGUUGUUUCUUCAACUGCUGGGCCAAAGCUGCUUUGUAUGAGCAAACAGAUACCGCUUGCAUUGGGUGCUGAGAAAUGCCAGAGGUUUUCUAUUCGGCUCAUUUCAUGCAACAUGCUACAGCAUUGAUCUAGACAUAAUGCCUGCACCCUGUCCCUUCACUCCAAUGGGAUUCUCAUUUCACUGCACAUGCUGUUGGCAGGGUUCAUGGGUUCAUGAGAGAAAUGCGUAAAGGAAAAAGUGCUAGGAGUUAAAGGGGACACUAAAGAAAAACAUUAACCCUUUCAGGCACCAUGUACACAGUUGCGUACGCCAAGAUGGUGCAUUGGUGAAAGUAAUGAUAUUUAAAAUGUGGCGCAUACAUCUUGAAACACUUCUGAUUAGAAUUGUGCUGCAAGGUUGAACAACAUGUGCAAAAUGUGUUAGUAUGAGUGGAAAGGUAAAUGGUUGCAUAUUUUUGCUUGAUGUCAAUAUGUUGUCAUGUGUAGCGGGUUCACUUCAUUAUUUUUCACAAUAUGUUGCGCCAGUCAGAAUUUUCAAGUGGCGAGAUAGGUGCUUUUCAAUCCUGUUAGACAUGAAAUAGUCGAUGCUCUCAUAUCCGAUAUUCCUGCAGUGAGUUUUCGCAUGGAGUCUACAUUCUGUAAACUUGACAGAACUCACCGAUGAAUUGAAAACUCUUAAUCUAUUCUGUAGCUGUACGCUUUUUAUGAUUCUGAAGAUUUAAGAAAUGUGGUAGAAGUUAGUUUUAAAUCAGUAGAAGUAAUUGGCACCUGAAAGGGUUAAAUAAGUUGACUGAUAAAGUACUCUUUGAAAACUCUAUUUGCAAUAAUUUGUGGUAAGAGGUUGAUUGCUAGAAGAGAAAAUAAACCCGAACUUCCUUUUUUCUCCGGUUAUGUCACUGUGAUGGCAUGAAUUUCGAACUAUUUUCUCGUAUUUAGGCCAUAGUUGCACAGUAAAGGUUCUCGAAGCUUGCUAAGUUCAGUCUUUGGCGCCUUUUAAUACAGUGGAGCCCAUCUUUGCUGAUAAAUAACUGACUAGGCCCGAGCAGGUGCCAUCAAAAUUUAUGACAUGGCAAGCCGGUGCAGGAAAGAGGGUGUUGCUACAUCUUUUCUGGCUAUGAUGGUAAGAGUGGCUUUUUUUGUUAUUUUUGGUAGUGUUAUUUACUAAUAAUAUUAAUGUCCAUUAGCUUACUUAUAUAGGGAGGCAUAGUUCUUGAUGAUCCAUCACAUGAAUGGGAAGUAUCUUUAAAUAUGAUCUAUCGAGAAUACGAUCCCUGUCUGGUCACUGGAAGUUUCCAUAAGGCUCCAAGUCUAUUCCCACUGGUACUAGUUCGAAAUGUAGGUGUAUCUGGCAGGCCUGCAAAAUACAGCCCCGCAGCCAACACUGAAAGUUAAGGAUGUUCAAGAAUGCCUGAAGCCAACUAAUUAAAUGUAUGGCCCAAAGCUUACAAGAAAGUCGAAGCUGCUAGUUUUUGACACAUAGAGCCUCUGUUUCAAUUGUUUGAUUAUUUCUCAGUGGCAGUGGGCAAUCGUCAGUACUCCUCAGAUUCCAAAAUAGCGGCUGGAGCCCUUUUGGUGUCAUAUUUUGCAUCUUCUGCUCGCGGACCAGCUUGCCGUUGAGGAUUAUGGCCGUGAUGGAUGCGACACAUGCGUGUGGUCCUUGGCCUUCUAGUAGGAGGGCAGCGAGACCAAUAGCUGCCCAGUUCGUCUGCUGUUAUGACUGUGUCAGUGUGCACUUGUCACGUGACCUUUUUUGCUCGCAUUUGUAUCUGCUAUAUGAACCAGCCCUAUAGAUAGCUUAUCUUAAUCAUGCCAUCUAUAAUAACUGGAGUGUGCGAUGUAACACAAAAGCACUCUUCGCCGCAGGCUAUAAUAUAGAACAAUGGCUGCUAUUGCAACAAUGAACGCUGCCCAAAGCCACCAUACUUUUGUGUUGAUAAAAAAAUAAUCAUUUGCUUGUGAAUGCACUUUCAAAUAUUGUUAUUUCAUGUUCGUAUCACUUCAAUUGGUUAUAAACUAUCGAAUGCAGAGUUUUUGAAUUGAAUUAAAAUAUGUAUUAGAAACAUGAUAUCGUUUCACAUUGAGAAUUCUGAAUAUUUGCACACCUGUAUGGCAUGUUCAGCUGGUCACAUUGGGGCACUGUGAUAGAAUUGCAAAGGUCAUCUGAGACAGCAAUUAAGUGGUACUUAGAGCAUAAACAGGCUUUAAUGGUGAUAAUGCAGUCAGGUUAUCAAUAAUGGACCCACUUAUUCUCAUGUAAUGCAGGACCUGCUGUAGUGGUUAUGGCGUUGCGCUACUAAGCUGGAUUGAAUUACGGCCGUGGCGGCCGCAUUUCGAUAAGGGUGAAAUGCAAAAAUGCCCAUGUGCUGUGCAUUAGGUGCAUGUUCAAGAACCCCAGGUGGUCAGAAAUAAUCCAGAGUCCCUCACUAUGGCCUGCCUCAUAAUCAAAUCAUGGUGUUUGACAGGUAAAACCACAGAAUUUAAUUGAAUUUAUAAUACAGGUUUAAAGCUGUAUUUCAAUAAUUUCAUAGCACUCCCAUAGCAAUAUAGUAUUACCAGCCAAAUAUACCAAUCUAAAAAUAGCAACUGAGGGAAGGCCAUUGCCCAAGAGUGUAAUGUAAGGGUUUAUUGCAUCAUCUACCCAUCGCCACAGUGCAGGGAUCCGACAAUGCGCUAACUACCUUGGGGGUCGCCCACCAUGGCGGCCCAGUGGCUAUCGCAUUAUGCUCGAGAGCAUGAGGCCGCAGGUUCAAUUUUAAAUCACGGCGGCUGCAUCCAACGGGACUGGAAUGCAAAAAAAAUGCCUGCAACCUCAAAUAUAGGUGCACAUCAAAGAACCCCAGGGGUAAAAAUUAAUCCGGAGCCCUCCACAACAGCAUCUCUCGCAGGCCCAGAAUUGUUUUGCGACUUAUUUUAUAUUGGGACUUAGUUUACUUAGGAGGUUUACUCUGCCAAGCAUUACUGCUCUAGUGAGUCAGAGAGCAGCACAGGGUGCUGCAAUGUGCCCUGCAAUUAGCACUAGCAGAGCUGUGUUAUGACGUACGUAUCAGCUAUGAGUUCUGUGUGCAAAUUUAAUUAAAUUGGCCGAGCUGUGCUUUUCUUUCAUGUCCAGAUGCAAUGCAAUUUCAUUCUAUUAUUGGUGGUUGAUUACUAUUAAAAUCCUUGGCCCUUUGCUGUUGUUUGCCAAUUGUAAAUGGUACAUAUAAGGGAAUAAUAAUAGUGGGAGUGCCAAGCGAUUCUAUAUUUACAUAGUUUUGGCACUUACACAAAACUCUUCGUGGGCAAAAAUGGCACUUUCAACACUUUUAGAAUUGCUAAUUUGCAAUUUCAGCUUAAUAUUUGCCUUUGUUGUCUUUUUUAAAGAUUAGUGAAAUUCGUAACAAUGACUGGCAGUUAUGAAAUGCUAGAAGAUAUUGCUGUACCCUCGUGACAGUUAUUCCUGCACUGAAUGUCUGUAUGGGUCAGUAGUACAGCUAUAAAUAUAAAUGUUUUCCAAGUGGGUGCUGCUUUUUAAAGUAGAUUGGUUGUGUUAAUACAAAUUGUUGGCAGUCAUCUGUAUGGUUCAUUGUAUCUUCCAGAUGUUAUUUAUGGUGUCAUUGGUCUGAGCAUAGUUGUGAAUAAGUAUGAACACGAAUGUGUGACGAAAGCCUAUCUGGUUGGUAUGAUAUAUGAUAAAAAGGAAUUUGUGAACAAGGCUCCUGUGAGGGAGCCAAAACAUUCAAACGUUUGGUGUUGGGCUGCUGAGCACGAGGUCGCGGGAUCAAAUCCCGGCCACGACGGCUGCAUUUCGAUAGAGGCGAAAUGCUAAAACACCUUUGUACUUGGAAAUUUAGGUGUACGUUAAAGAACCCCAGGUGGUCCAAAUUAUUCCGGUGUCGCCCACUACGGCGUGCCUCAUAAUCAGAUCAUGGUUUUGGCACGUAAAACCCCAUAAUUUACCAUUAAAACAUUUUAAAAUCUUUUGGGUUGGUGUCCUGGCCCCUUCCUUUUUAAAAAACAAUGUGAAUAAGUAUGUGCCGAAUAAAGGAGAACAGUAAAUGUGUAAAAGAGAAGCUUGGCUUAAAGCCAUGGCAAUUUGUGUUGUAAGUAGGAGUAUGAAUAUUCCAGUUGUGAAUACAAAUCAAGUACUAACUGACCAAACAAUUUGAUUUAGUUUUUGAGUCCAUAAUGAUUCAAAGUAUGAAACAAUUUAGCAUUGCUAUAGCAUGGCCAGUGAGGUCCACACAUGGCUGUGUUGCAAAUCUCGGAGGGCGCAACACUGCUUCAACAUUUACAUGAAUCGUGCUGAAUGUUUCGCAUGAAAAUUUCCCACACGCACCUCACUUUUCGUGCUACUAUUGUGUGCAGCAUGCGAAUGUCUCGUUUCUGUGUUGCUUAGCUUACUUUCAUGGCCACUGCUAUUCAGCAGUCAAUAAAGUAGUACCAUGUCAAAGAACAUCAUAGGUGUUCUUUCAGUUAACCUGAUUGUAAAAAUGUAGUGACCUGUUGUUGUGGUUGUUUGUACAGUAAAAUUUCUAGGUGCUUUCUGCACAGAGUGCCUUCCCUGAACUCCUCACUUUAAACAAAUGGUUCAGAGGGCCUGUUAUCUCGAUUUUGUAGAUAUGUACCAAUCGCUUUCUAUUCUUGUUUUGAGGCUGAAGUGGGUGGUGGCAUAGAAGCUCGGCCUAGCUGGAGCAAAAAUUGAGUGUGUCAAGCAAACACUAGUGCAUGCAGUUUGCAUGCAAAAGAGCCAUAAAGUGCUCUUGUGGGUUGCCUUUUGUGUUUAAUUUUCAUAGCACUUUCAAUUUUGGAGUGUAGUCUUUGCGUCGAUCAUAACUUGUGAAACAUCAUCCUGAUAAAAUCAUGGAAAAGCCCACGUAACCACAAAACUUGUGUUACUUCUAAGUGCAGCUUGAAAUUCUUGCUUGAAAGAGAGAGCCCUUACGCGGCAUUAUUUGUAAAAAGCUAGUGAGAAUGCAAAUGUACAGACGCCCAAAUCUUUAACUAGCGUGCGCGAGCGGCGACUUUCUGUGUGCCAGCACCUUAAAUUAGGAACAAACUUACAAAUGACUAUGCUAUCUGACUAUGCUCACAAAGCUCGUGGAGAUAGCAUAGUCAUUUGCAAGUUUGUUCCAUAGUCCAUAGUUUGUUCCUAAUUUAAGGUGCUGGCACACAGAAAGUCGCUGCUCGCGCACACUAGUUAAAGAUUUGGGCGGCUGUACAUAAACACUUUUCUCACAUUUUUCUUGUCCUUUAUGAAGCACUUCAUUCAUCUUUUCUCUUUAGGUCCUUGUCGGCUCUUUUCGGUAUACCCAUUACAACUACGUGACAUUAGUAUGUUGGUCGUGAGGGUGCUGUAAAUUAGUGAAAAAACGAUUCAAUAUUUGAAUUAUUCCAUGCUUGACUUUUUUUUACCAUUACUGAACACUAGUGAAAUUAAACUUUAUUCAGGCUAUUUGUGCACUCUUGAGUUAUUAGUAAUUUGACAUAUAAGUGCUGGCACCUUUGUAAGGUAUGGUAGGAAACACUAAAAGGAGAUUACAGAGCACUUGAUGAUGACAUAGCUCCACGAAGAGUGGCAAUUUUUUUUUUUUUUUUGCUAAAUGCCAGUUUGGUGCUGCAUGAUUGUGCAGCAGUUAAGAUGGUCUUUGUUAUUGCAGGCUGAUAGCAUCAUUGUUUGCCUGCAAACUCCGCCAGUUUUGUUGGAGUGAAGGCAGCUUUAAUGAAGCCUUAGGAAGCUAUGAUAGGGUGCUCCUUGUACUUACAUGCUUUAAGAAUCACAUUUUUUACAUUCUAAAGCAUGUCAUGGUAGAAGCAUUGUGCCUGCCUGUGCUGUCACUGUUAUUCUCACCUGCAUAUUACUUCAAAGUAUAUUCCAAGCUUUGUGUUCCAACUGCCUUUGUACUUGGCACUGAAACAACCUCAAUAUUUCAUUCGAAUAGUGCGAGCAAAUUUCCUUGUAGCAGACAAAUUCUCACAGGUGGCAUCGGGCCCUCUCUGCACACCUGCGCGAUGCAUUGACGCCAUUUCCAUGGGUGACCGCAUCUGGGAGUGCCUUAAAACUGUAAACCGUUCUCUUGCGUGUUUCCUUUAAUGGUGGGCCACCCUGUACAAGCAUGCAGAAUUACCCAGUUUGUGCUAGUACCUUGGUCCUCCUGCACCUUUGUGCAGGAGGAAAACAGGAAGUUGGGCAGGGGACAGACGAGUGCUUGCUGUCAGUGGCAGAUUUAGUGUGAAAAUUUAAUGCAUCUUCUGGUGGAACAGCAUAUAAAAAUUUAUGAUAAGUUUUAACAAGCUCAAUGCAUAACUUUUUAGGUUACUCUGUUAUUUGUACUUGUGUAUUUAGAGCAGAGCAGAAUAGAGUGCAGCAUGACAUGAAUGAAUGGAUGUACAGAUCAGGUAAAUGGCGAAUCGAGGGUACCGCAGCAUAGAAAUUAACUGUCACAUGAUUGCCAUGGUUAUGUGGAUGACAGCAGUGGUGAUUGGAGAAUGGGGUGUGCCUUGUACACCAGAAAGCCAACAGUUGGUGUUUUGUGAGGUAGUUCGAUGAUCAAAGAAAAGGCGUGGAGGGUUCUUAGGGAAUUCUCUAGAGAAAACAUGAGGAUGAAAUGAGAACACAAAUUAAGACAGUUUGCCCACUGACCUCCCCUUUUAAAGGUUGUUACAGUGAAAUGCUCUGCACAAAAAAACCACAGCAUAUCCACGAAGUGAAUGAUGAUGAGUGGGCGAAGCACCGGGUGAUCAUUCGGGUAAACCACAGCUACAGACGAGAGAUAAAGAGAGCGCGCGUCGGGAACGAGAGAAAAUUACACCAUCUUCCCGUAGGGGAACCCUGAGUAGUAUGCGAAGCAGCCAUGGGGUCGACUCAAGGUAGUUUUAUCAGCUGUAUAAACUUGGACAUGCAGCAGCACCAGCAACGCGCAGAACUGUUGUCGACGCCGUCGGCAUUUUGCCCGCGUUCGCACCGAACGCGCGCAAAGUGGAACCGGAACCGGAAGUGGAAGCAGAACCGGAACGCCAUCUAGUGAACACUUCAUAAAACUACAGGUGGCUACCGACACACAACGCCAUCUAUUGAGCAAUUCAUAAACUAGAGGUGGCUACAUACUACUACUACUACUACUACAGAGGAGGGAACGACCCACACCCUACGGAGCUUCGCCCCUAAAAAAUAAUUCCUGACUAGUCUUGUGACAGUCCAGUUUUUGUUGUUUUUAGCAAUGGUAAGCCCUCCUGGCAGGCAUCUUUGUAGUGUAAUCAUUCCUCUAGGAGGAACUAGAAAAAACUGGCAUUCCAUUGUGAUGUUUGAACCGGUGACCAAGUGCACAUAGCUCGUUUUGCCCGUGAAAAACUGGCUAGAAGGCAACCCUCAAGUCAGUUUGGCCCAAAUUGCACAAGGAAUGGUGUAUACAUAUUAUAUGAGAGCUAAAGGCACAACUGCUGCACUGCUCCUUUAUUUAUCUCUUUUUUGUUAUCUUUAUUUUUUUUAUUCUGUUGUGUGCUGCCUGACCAAGCGCAUGCCUUAACAGUCAUUCUAAGUCGUUGCAUGGGAGAUUGUCACGAGGUUGAAUUUUCGGACCCACACUCAGCCUUGCUUGCUCUGGGUUACCAUUGAAAAGCAGUUACACUAGCAACUUCACAGCCAAGUGUCAGUAAUGAUAGAGGGGGAGUGGUGCGUUGUCCAAUAUUGCUUGAAUUUGUACAGUCAGGCACAUGAACCAAGAGGUGCUUAGUGGGCCACUUGUUCAGCCUUGUGUAUUGUGUACAUGGUUCUGGUUCUGGUCUUACACCCUUGGGGUGUUAACACAGGGGAAGGUGCAUGCUCACUUGCGUGCCUCAGGGAGAUAGUUUCAUGUUUUGCACCUGCGCUUAUACCAGUUUCCGUUGGGUAAAUGAAAAUGCUCUCGCGAGUGUUUCUGCCUUCCAUUGGUGGAGCAGGGGCACUGUAAUCCAGUGAUUAAAUAGGCACACUUUUACAGUCAAUUGCAUACCUCACUGCUCCCUAGUCAGUAGUGCACUAGGGAGUCGUGUGAUGCUUGUCAUGCCACUUCUGCUUUUCUUUCCUGGGGAGAGCCGAGAAGAGAUUAUGGAAGGCAGUGUAUGGUCCAGCAUUAGAAGAAUGACCGAUCCCAUUGAUCUAAUAUAAAAGUUUCACAUGCCACUUUGUAUGAAACCCUCCCUCUUGCUGCUUUGCUCUCAGAAACAGCACGAGGGUUCCCUAAGCAGAAUAAGAAUCUCUGCACACACUGUUCUCAAGCACUACUCCCUCUGCACUCCUACUCUCCCACUGGAAACUGGUAUCGGCAGCGAGAUAGUCCAGGGCUGGUACAGUGUCGGGAUUCCUUUCGUUCGAUUCUUUCCUUAUCAUUCACUGCUCGCAACUGGCCAAUCUUGGUGAUGAUGUAGGCAAAGUAUUGCUGGGACUGCUGGAAAUAGAAACGUUACAUUACCUAACUCAGCAACAGUGUCUUGUUUUUUUCUCUUUCUUUUACAUAAAGUGGACAGUCAGCUCAUUAACAUAGAUAUGGUUUAUUAUAUCUACAAUAUAUUUUUUUUCCUAAAAAAGAGAUGUUCAGCUUCUUGAACAUUGUUGUUGUUCUUUUGUGACAAACUUUUCUUAAGGAAUCCUGCAAUUUCUUAUUUGUUUCGUUAUAACAAAUUUUCUCAAUGUAUGGGGACCAUGUCAUCCGAGAGGUGCCCAGUGUUUUGGGAAGUCUGUGAUUCUCUACCAGCCUUGUGGCUUCUAGUUGGUUGAUUUUUAACUUACAUGCCUUUUAAGUAAGCUUCUCAAGUUUGUGAAGACCCACCGUGUUGGCUCAGUGGCUACAGCAUUGUGCUGCUGAGCGCGAGGUCGUAUGCCCAAUUUCAAGUCGUGGCAGCCACAUUCCAACGGGGGCAGAAUGCAGAAACACGAGCGCAGUGCAUUCGGCGCAUUUUAGUUGGUCAUAAUCCGCCUUUUUCAUGGCCCGACGGUGCAUGCGCCCUGCCCUGGCUGAUUAGUCGCAAAACGUUUUGGAAGGGUCGCGUGCGUAACCGCAUGGCCCCAUCUCAGAGAAAAGGAAGCGCUCGGACGCGCGCUACUGCAAACACUCAUGCUGUGUACCGCGUUGAAACUCCAGUGGUAGCUCGAUGUCAGUGCGGUACCGAAAACGAGCGUAGCAUAAGACUGCAACUCCACUUUAAAACAGAAAGCGGCGAGGGCUUCGUCCGGUCUGCACAGGGAACCAUGUAUAGAUGGAACCAUGUCAGUAGGGCGCCAGCUGGCUCGUGCAGUACCCAGCCACCCUGGACCCCCCCAAAAACGGGCUGCGAUACCUUACGUCCCAGGCGUAAGCGAGACCCUUGCAUGAGUUCUGCGCUCAUAUGACGUGCAGGCUGCGCACGUUCCCUCCCGGAAACUCGGGCACGAGCUCGUGCGCGUAAAAGACCCUUUGAAAAAGGACAAGUUCCCAGGUGUGGUGUACGUCAUUCCGUGUGCAGACUAUCCCUAUGUAUACGUCGGAGAAACCGGAAACUUCAAAAAAAGACUUCAACAGCACAGAAAUGACAUCCAAAAACGACACAUUGCGUCGAAUGCCCUAGCCGAACACUGCGCAACUACGUCAAACACGAUUAACUGGGACAAAGUCCGUGUGGUCGCCAGGGAAAGAAAUCAUUCUGCGCGUCUGUAUCUUGAAUCCUUAAUCAUCCAAACCAUGGCGCACACUCUUAAUCGCAACGAAGGAAAUCUGCCGUCCAUGUAUGCCAAAUGCCUUGGUCAUGUCUUGAGCCGCACAUAAAAAGGGCGCAAGCUCUGCCGCAUAUUUCAUUGUAAACAAGGCUCCCGUGGGGGAGCCGAAACGUUAAUGUAUUUUUAAAUAUAUUUCAACCAUUUUUGGUCGGUGUCUCGAUCCCUUCCUUUUAACUAUGCAUCAUCCCGACCAGACGGGCUUCCGUCAUACUCUCGACUUCACCCUAUAUAUGUAGUUGGUUAGUGCUACGUGGCUUCCAGGAACAUGCUGCCCCGGAGAAGCCAUUGAUAAUUAAUCGUGAUCCACGAAACGCACAACCGAUGCGCACUCAACAUGGGCGCAGGUUCACAAAUCAACCGGCGAAAGCCUCGGCACCCUUCCAAAACGUUUCCAGCGGCAUGCGGCAGAGGGCAGCACAGGAAAAUGAAAAAGGCGGAUUAAUAGAGCAUUCCACUACUGCAUCCCUCAUAGCCUCAUAGCCCACAGUGCAGCUUCUGGACACUAAGCCUUAUAAUUUAUAUAAUUUUUUUAAGUUUCUGAAAUCUGAGAGGCAGAGGCGAUGCUUAGAAGUGGAGAGAUGCCACUUGCUGCUCUUCAUAGAAUAUAUCUCACUAGAUGCUAUUAGUUCAUUUUAUACUCUUGCACUCUGGUUGGUCUAUGUUUUUUUUUGUCUCCCUUCACACUUUACAGUUGUUUUUGUUUCUCACUCUUUUAUUUGCAGUAGAGUACCAUAUUAGUCAUUUUAUUGUUUGGUAACAGUAUUUAUUCUUUCUCAGUAUUAUGCCAAGAUAUUCUUCCAAAAAUGAAUGCCCUCAAAAGAAUAUUUUAUGGCUGUAAGUUGCACCAUUGAUUUCAUUUUCCACUCUUUUUGUCCUCUUUGACACUGUUGUGCUAAUGUGAUGGUAGGGAUUAGCUGCUCAGCAUGACUGGUAAUGACCAAAGAAGAAUGGAAAACAAAAUGAGUUUCCAUUGAAAAUGUGCUCCUGGUUAAUAUGUAGGGCGUUUCAAAAGUAAAAAAAAAGUACUACCAGGUGUUUCCUAUAUUGUGCAAACAGUUCUGCAUUGAAAUGUGUGUAAAACAGUCUUUAUGUUGAAGCUCUUGUGCCGAGAAAGAGCACCAGCUAAAUUUUGAACAUUUCUCGAGUGGCAAAGGAGAUGCUCUCCUCAUUUGUUUGUUUGCUGCUUACACAUCUGUACUAACUGCACUGAUUUGGCUGUUUAUGACCAGCAUGUGUAUAAUGCAAUCUGUUACAACUGAGCACCUUUUCCCCAUGCCCUCAAACACUGCUGUAGCCUUAGCAGUCAAUUCACAUUGUACGACCACACCCUAUGCAAUGCAGAGUAGCAGGCCCGUAGCCAGUGGGGGAGGGCCCCAGCACCCCCCCCCCCCCAUUUGACGUUUCCAUGCUUUACUGACAAUAAUUACUGAAACAUAGGUGCUUUCCUCAAAUAGUCAAGGCCUUCAGCAAGUGCCCCCCCCCCCCCCCUGAAAACAUUUCCUGGCUACAGGCCUGCAGAGUAGAUAUUGUUUUCAUGUCACUGCACACUGCUGCAGGAGUCCUACAUGCUUAGAGCAGACUUGCUCUUAGCACUUCUGGUUAUUUCUGUAUAAGCAAGAAAUGUGAGAAAUAAAAAGGUUAUACCGGGUAUAUGUAAAAAAAUAUCUCCAUA